AUGAAAAUUCUACUUUUUGCACUCUCUAUCAUUUUAAUAAGUGGAAAUGAGUGUUCGUUAAAGAAAUAAACUUGCAAAGACCAAAAGACUAAAUAAUAAUGCAUUGGUACAGACUGGAAAGCUUCAUGGUGUCGUUGGGAAGAUUCUUGUUUUACUUACAGUUAUGCGUCUUGUUAUUACUCCUUUAGUGAAUAAGAGUGUUUAGAGAGGCCUGAUAAUGAAUGUUAUUGGUAAAAUGGGGAGUGCUUGACAAAUGAAGUUAAAUGUGAAAAUAUUAAGACCUAUGAAAAAUGUAGUCAUAUAUCAAAGGGGUAUACAGUAUCUUGUACAUGGAAGUAUGGGCGUUGUCUAAAUGUUGAGAAAUGUUCUGAAAUAACAGAUUUCAAAUAAUGCAGAAACGCUUAUAUGAAAGACAGAUGCCAGUAUGUUAUUAAUAACGUAGCUUCUGAUAAGGAGAAGGAGUAUAUCUUUGCUGCAGAUAUUUUUGAUUAUAACAGUUGCAGAAAUGAAGAUUGCGUAUUUAGCAUACAUUCUGAUUGUCCUGAAUUUAGAAAUGGAAGAAGAUGCUUCUUAAAAUCAGAAUUAUGCACAUAAUGUUCAUAUUAAACCAAUGCGUUUGAUUGUAUAUCCACCUAAAAAUGCACUUGGCAAAAUCAUGAAUGUUCAAAUAUUCUAUGUUCUCAAAUCACAAGUAAAAGAUUGUGUAAUGAAUUCAGCUAUUGCCAAUAUGAUUUUACUACUUAAAGUUGCUAGAUUAAAAAUAACGAUAAGAAAAGUCAUUGUUAUAAUUAUAACAUUCGAUCUGAUCCUGUAAAAACAAAAUAUAAUAGUUUCUUUGGUUUAUGA